CAGAAGGUGAAUGUGUAGCGUGGAAGGAAGAAGUCCUCCAAGUGGGGAGGUGUGCUGAAGGAAUAAAAAAAAAUCCCGAAACAAAGGGACAAAUUAAUGGCAAUGGUGAACAGCAGAUUAGCUGGCAGUCUUCGUUGCUUCCUCAUUGUUGUCUUUGUUGGGCUGACAGUUGCGCUGCCGAAAGUCAUCCAGAUUGGUGGUCUGUUCGACACAGAAGACGAAGAGCAAGAAAUAGCUUUUCGAAUAGCAGUGGACUUCUUUAACGCAAAUCGACAAACUCGGCCCAAGCCAAGAAUAAUAGCAUUAACGGAAAGAAUUACCGAUGGAGAUGUCUUUCAAGCGACAAGCAAAGUAUGCAGUUUAUUGGAAAAGGGUGUCGCAGCGAUUUUCGGGCCCCAGGACCAGCUGACAAGCCUCCAUGUAGGCUCCAUCUGUGACGAGGUCGAAGUGCCCCACGUGCUCACUCGCUGGGAUUAUGGGAUGAAGAGAGACGCCCUAUCUAUCAAUCUGUACCCCAGCCCGCGAGUGUUGAGCGAGGGGUACCUCAGCGUGGUCAAGUACCUAGGAUGGAAGAACUUCACAUUGCUUUAUGAGGGAGAUGAAGGCUUCCUUCGUCUGCAGAACUUUUUAAAAGAAGCUGAGGAUCAUAAGUGGCGUGUGCACAUUCAUAAUUUCCAAGACGAUGGAAACUACCGAAAGGUUUUCUGGCAAGUCAAAAAGGAACUUCAGAAGCUGAAAGAAGAUAACAUGAAAAUUGUGCUUGAUGUCAACAGGAAGAACUUGUACAUGGCCUUAAAACAGGCUCAGCAAGUAGGAAUGGUUACUGAAAAACAGCAAUAUCUCAUUACUAACCUGGAUCUUCACACUUUAGAUUUGCAAGACUUCCAGUAUGGGAAGAGCAACGUAACAGCCUUCCGCAUGGUGCAAGAGACUGCCCCCGACUACGUGAAGCUGGUAGAAGCAAUGGCUGCUCCCCCUUACAACUAUAGUAGAAUACUGGACUUUGGAAUCAGGACAGAAACAGCUUUAAUGUUUGAUGCUGUCAGACUUUUCAUCUUAUCUCUGCAAGAACUUGAUGUUGGCAAAGAAGUUCAGCAGUUUCCGUCAAUUUCUUGCAAAAGUGGUCAAGCGAAAGGCACAGAUGGGACAAGUUUAAUAAACUACAUGAAAUCUAGCAAUAUGGUUGGCGUUACAGGGUUAGUAACCUUCAACGGGCAAGGAGUUAGAUCCGUAUUCCAAACAGAUAUUGUUUUCUUACAAGAAAACGGACUCAUGAAGCUGGGAGAAAUUCUACCUGGCCAAAUCAUAAAUGUUACGGGAAAUGUUACAAUAGAAGCUCCUUACGAACACCAAAAGUAUAUAAUCACAACCAUUGUGGGUCCUCCUUACGUGAUGCUCAAAAACUCUUCCAAGGGUCUGUACGGAAAUGACCGAUUCGAGGGCUUCUGCAUCGACCUGAUCGAGGAACUGUCCCGAGUGCUGCACUUCGACUACGAAAUCCGACUGGUAAAGGACAACGAGUACGGCAAAAGAGUGGGACACGGGAUGUGGUCUGGAAUGAUCGGGGAAGUCAUGAAGGGGGAAGCACAGAUGGCUGUAGCAGCUCUUAGCAUCAACUCGAAACGAGAGCAAGCAGUCGACUUCACCAUGCCCUUCAUGAACACGGGCAUCAGCAUCCUCUACAAGAAACCCACGACCAAAGUGACCUCGCUCUUCAGCUUCCUCAGUCCGUUCUCCACGGAGGUGUGGAUCUACCUGGUCGGGUCUUACUUCGGAGUCAGCUUCGUGGCAUUUUUGGUGGGCCGCUUGACUCCUUACGAGUGGAUUAAUCCCCAUCCUUGUCGUCAGGACGACAUCGUGGUGGAAAAUAUUUUCAACGUGAGGAACAGCUUGUGGCUCAUCACGGGAUCGCUGAUGCAACAGGGAUCCGACCUGAUACCAACAGCAUUUUCAACAAGGACAGCAGCAAGUUAUUGGAACUUUUUCACGUUAAUUAUGGUGUCAUCUUAUACGGCCAAUCUAGCGGCGUUUCUUACUGUAGAAAAAGUGAUAUAUCCGUUCAACAGUGCUGAAGAUCUAUCGAAACAGAAGAAAAUUAAAUAUGGAUGCUUAAAUAGUGGAACAACGAGGUCAUUCUUCGAGGACUCCAGCAUUGAAACGUACAAGACAAUGUGGAAAUUUAUGGCACUCGAUUCCUUCAACCUAGUGCCUGAUCACGAAAAGGGUAAAGAAAAGGUGUAUGCCGGAAAUUAUGCCUACCUGAUGGAGUCUACCACUAUAGAAUACAUAACCGAAAGAGAAUGCAGUCUCACUCAAAUCGGGGGACUCCUAGAUUCUAAAGGAUAUGGAAUCGCUACCAAGAAAGGCAAUCGAGAAUUGACUUCAACACUUUCUUCUGGCAUCCUCCGUCUGCAACAAGAAGGUGUCAUACACACCUUAAAAGAACGUUGGUGGACGCAGAAAGGUGGAGGCAAGUGUGCUGACGUUUCGAAGCAGUCCUCCGGAAGAGUUCAAGAACUCACUCUUGGAAAUGUCGGCGGAGUCUUCGUGGUUCUCAUGUUUGGAUUGGGUGUAGCUGUUCUGAUUGCGCUACUGGAAUUCAGAUGGAAAUCUUCACAGUGGGAAAACCCAAAUAAGGAAUCUUUCUGGGUACGCAUGCGUAAAGAAAUGAAGUUUGCAAUGACUUUUGACCUCACCACUCGUCCAGUACCAAAACUGAGGAAAAGUCGUUCAACGACUGUCGACAACAGCCAUUCUUCCUUAGCAAGCCAAGGAACUAACAGUGCCUAGUGAACAUCAUCUUCAUUUUAUCACCAAUGCACCACUAAUGAACUAAUUCAGACUUAGUACAUCAUGAGCUGAUGUUUUUACUGUUCACAUUUUCAGAAUGCGUCACA